CAGAUCAUGUCGAAAUAAAGUUUUAUUUUUGGGAUCCGAAAAACACACGAUCAUGGAAGGUGAAAACGGGAUCCCAACCUCCAAAUUCCCUCUACAGCUUCUAGAAAAGAAACAACAACCGGAGACAAGCUCGGAGCUGCCACCCAAGAAAGCUCAACCUAAGCGAAGCUCAACAAAGGACCGGCACACCAAGGUUGAAGGCCGAGGGCGUCGCAUCCGGAUGCCUGCGACCUGUGCCGCUAGGGUUUUCCAGCUUACGAGAGAGCUCGGCCACAAAUCGGAUGGCGAAACCAUUCAAUGGCUGCUUCAACAAGCCGAGCCCGCGGUUUUUGCCGCUACCGGAACAGGUACUAUCCCUGCAAAUUUUACGUCUCUUAAUAUCUCUCUCAGAAGUUCAGUCUCCAGUCUGUCCAAUUCACACUUGAGGAACGUUUAUUUCAAUCCGAAUUUCACUCCACAACAAUUGAGGCAUGCCGUUGAUCACGACGACUCGUCUUCUCGGCAACAACAGCGGGUUGUGUUUCCGAAUGUGAACGCUUUCUUGCAAGGUAAACAAGAGUUGCCUGACGCAAGUGCGGACGUCUCGGCAGCGGCGGAGGAUAUUAGUUCGCGGAAGAAAACGAGGCUCGAGCACCAAGAAUUGACGCAAAAUCAAGUCGGGAACUACUUGAUACAAUCGUCAACCGGUCCGAUUCCGGCGAGUCAAAAUCCAAUCCCGUCAACGUUUUGGACAGUGGCAAAUCCUAGCAACCACGUCAUCAGCGGGAGUGGAGAUGUUGAUCCUAUGUGGACAUUUCCUUCAACUAAUACUACUAUGUCUAGUGGGGUACAUUUUAUGAAUUUCGCUUCUCCGAUAUCUCUCCUGCCCGGACAACAGUUGGGUUCGGGUCUCAGUCCCUGCGGUUCAGUCACCGACACUCAUCUAAGCAUGCUCGCGGCACUAAACACAUAUAGGCCAAUUUCCGGCAAAAACAUUUCUGGACCUCCGACCACCGGAUCACAUCAAGUAUUAUACCAUGGUGAAGAACAUAGGCAUGAUUCAACUAGCUAGCGUAUGAACUUUACAGCAAAUUACAAGUUUAUGGCUCGAUCAUGCUCCAUACCCCCCCCCCCGACAAAUCAUAUAGUAUUAAUUAGGUCUCUUUUU